CGCGCCGUCAGUGGUUCGCUGAUGGGCCCGCGGGUCGCGGCAGGCACCAGCAGGCGAUAGUUGGGGUUUGCGGCGAGGCGACUCCGCUGGUUCGAGUCAACGGCGCUGGGGUCAAAUCGGUACGGGACCGUGGUGGCACGAUGAUGUUGAGGAGCUCAGUCGAAGACCCUGCAUCUCACAACGCUCGGCAAGAGUCGUUUUUGACACUCGACAUUGUCCGUGCCUGUGCUCGGAGACAAGCCGUGCGACUGACGUGACGCAAUGGGCUCAAACAUCGAAGCGGAGCUUGUUGAUGGAGAAUACGAACAGGACGACGCAUUCGGAUCCCAGAAUCGCGCCGAUGGCCCAGGGAGCGAGGAAACACCAGCAUGCCAGUCCUGUCGCAAAAAGAAGUCAAAAUGCUCCAGGCAACAGCCGUGCUCACAAUGCGUCAAGUCCGGUGUCGAGUGCACAUACGAGGACAAACGCCUCAAGGGCGGCAUCAAGACUGGUGUAGUGGAGCGCCUCAACCAGCGGAUAGACGCGCUGGAGAGCAUGUUCCUCGGCCAAGGCAUCUUGAUGCAGCAGUUCAUGGACGCCGGUCGGAGUCGUGUCGGGCCACCGACUUCCCCCGGCCGGUCGAACAGCGAGGGGGAACACCCGACGAUACUGCGCAUGCACACGGACCGCUUGAAACAAGCGCUGCAGUCGGCGGCGGCAAAUGCGGAUUCAGAUCACGACGGCCAAGGGGGCGGUCGACUCCCCGAGCUUGGAACAAAGCGGAAGCGAAGCUUCGAAGCGUACGCAGCGCCGAAGCGUAUCCACACAACGUCGACGGAGGAUUUGUGCUCUCUGAACCCGCUUCCGAAGCAGGUUGAUGACACCCUGACGACGUACUUCAAAGUGGUGCAUCCAUGGCUGCCGGUCCUUCAUCCGUCGACGUUCCUUCGGCGAGCGCGUGACCCGAACCGGUCCGAUGGCGUCACCCUCAUCAUCCGCGCUAUAGUCGCCGUAGCUGCCAAGCACGUGGUCAAGACCGACGCGGAGGAAGUGAGUGAUCUGAGCGAAUACGCUGAAGUCUGUCGCCAAGGGGUGACCUCUACAGCGACAGAGGCAAACUCGAUUGAGGCUGUUCAGGCCUUGCUGCUCAUCACGUUCGACACUCUUGGAAGUGGAAGGAGUUCGUCGCCGUGGUCUCUCAUUUCUCUCGUCACGCGCAAGGUCGAGGACCUGCAGCUCAAUGCUGAAGACUCGGCGAGAGGAGACUCCUUUGCGGAGUUCUUCAUGACGAGCCCCCCUGUACUACAGCCAGCAACUACGUGGCUUGAGACCGAAGAGCGGAGGAGAGUGUUCUGGGCGGCUUUUUUGAUGGAUCGCUUCUGCAGCAUCAUGACGAGCACCGCUCCGGCAAUAUCCAGCAAAAGCAUUCGAAGACGCCUGCCAUGUGACGGGUGCAUGUGGGAGUCCGAUCAAUGCGUUGAGACCUCGUAUUUCAAGCUGGACGACCAGCCGCAGGUGGAGGAUAGCGCGGCACCGGAAGAGACAUCGCCAUUCCCGCCCCCGUAUGCGACAAAAGAAGGACCAAACGGUGUUGGUGGUCUUGCAUAUACCAUCGAAGCGACCGAGUCCUUGUCUCUCAUCACCAAGUUUAAUCUGCGUCACUCGUUGGAGCACGGGGAUGCCAAUCGACUGUCGGCAUGGUUGACCCGCUUCCGCCAACUCGACUCGCGUCUGCUGCAAUGGGAACUGUGUUUGACGCACCGAUGGCGGGAUGUCCGAGUCGUAAACGGCUACAUCGAUCCGAAUCUGACGUUGGCACACAUGACGCACAACGCCGCCAUCAUCAUGCUGCAUCGUAGACUCGCUCACCCCCCGCCGCAGUCCAAGGCAUGGCUUUCGGGGCUCGUCUCGGCAGCGUCAAAGGAGGCAUGUGUCAUGGCGGCGAUGAAGAUUGACAAGAUCUCGCGACGAUAUCUAGCUGUGAGUGAGGGAAUAGCUCCUCAUCAAUUUACCUUUUGCCUGUUUGUCGCCGGGCAAGUAUUACUAGCGCAAGCGUCCUACUACGCCGUACGACCUCCUGAUGAAGUCAGCUCUAUCAUUUCGUCCUUGAAUGAAGUAUCUCGACGCCUGUCGGCCGACUCUCAAGCUAAUAACAUCUGUCCGGAGAGCCCGGCGACGAAGCUCGCCAGAGCGCUUGCCGAACAAAGAGACCGAGACCUCCCGUCAUACCAAGCCGAGCCGUCGGCAUCGAGGCCGCCGCAGCAAACACCAUUCCCCGACUUCUACAACAUAUCAAGCGCAGCCGAUAUCCCAAGUGUGCUGCAACACUGUGCGACGUCCCCAUCCAGCGGCAUUAGCCCGGGUGGGAUCGCGUCCUUUGGCGCCGAUAGUAUCAACGCGCUUGGCGAGAAUGUUGUCGACUUUGCGCAGUCAUUGCUGCCGGCUUCUCGUACCGGUGGCUGGCCGAUGACCGUGGCUGCAAGUGGUCGCUCAGCGGCCGCUGAGGGAACAGAGAUGGUUGUCGGCUCCGGGGCCAAAGAUUUCGACUUUUUCGCCGAGCUGAGGAGACUUGAAAGCCGGGCAAAAGAAUACGACAAGCGACCUAAUCGAGAUGGUGAAGUGGCUCAGCGUAAAGGGGCGCAGGACUCUAGCUGAAGUAUGCUCUGGUCGUGCCGAAAUUCUUCACGAAGUCAUGCCUGAAUUUACGAACUUCUGGAUUCCUGAAAAUGGACAUGGACGAACACGCAAACGCUUUAUCUAGCCCCAUUGACGCUGCAAUACUUAGAUGCCCGGCCCCUCAUAGGCACCGCGAUUGGGCUUCUCUGUUGCCGAGACGGCGUUCCCAUAAUAGUCCCUUCCACCAUUAUCGGCAACGAUAGCGCCAUUGUGCAAGGCCGGUGACGUCUUCUUGAGUUGGUAGCCGCCGACUGAAUCCAGGGUGUUGCCUCCCUUGCCUGGGUCAACAAAGAAUGGGUUUCCGGCGAUGCCAUUGUUGGUUGGACGGGCGACAUCUUGGAAGACAUUCCACUCCCAGCUUAUCCCACCGCGUGUGGGCAGCGUCGAUUUGCUGUUGCCGACAAAGAUGUUGUUUGUAAAGUGCGUCGUCGGGGGCACUUCAAUCUCAAAGUCUUUAUCCGCGCAAUACAUGACAUUCUGG